AGGAUGAAGUAUAAAUUAUUUACCACGGCACUUCAACAUGGCGCUGUCCAUAGCUCUGAAAAAUUGUUUUCUAAAAUAUCCGCCUCAAAGUGCCCCGAUAGCCGCUAUUUUGCAUAUAUCUAAAUUUAAUUAUGCAAAAGAUCACCCAGAGACACCAGAGUUUCCAGAUGAAUACAGCCUAACUCCGAUUAAGGGAGCUAUAUUUGAUAAGAAACCGUUUCGUAUUGAAUUAAAAGCAGACAAACUGUACAGUUGGUGUGCAUGUGGCCACAGUCAUAAUCAGCCUUUUUGUGAUGGUACACACAAGACAUUAUGGGGAACACAUGAGAAAAAAACUGUGCCAAAAUUGCGACCACACAGAUUCAAGGUAGAAGAAACCAAAGAAUAUUGGUUGUGCAAUUGUAAACAGACGGACAACCGUCCAUUUUGUGAUGGAACUCAUAAAAAUGAAGAAAUUCAAGCUAAAAUCAAGUCAUGAUUGAUGAUUGGAUAAAAAAAAGGACAGAGAUGACUUAUAAUUGAUAUGCUUUGUGAUAGUGAAUUUGUAUUUGUAAGAUAGUAAAUAGAUUUAUAUCAAAAAUAUUGUCUGGAAACAUAUUGUAUCUCAGAAGUCA